AUGGCGACUGAGGAUCCGCUAGAUUUUGCACAUGCCGCCAUAGUCCAGGUCGCUAACAUCGCGUCUUCACUGGGCGGUGAGUCCAAGCGACCAGUGUGCGGCCGUCUUGGGGCUGAACUCUUCCUAGUUGCCGACUAUAUCGAUACGGCUGGCCUAGACCAAGAGAAGCGAGUGCGGUUGCGAAUACCCAAGCUUUUGAGAGAUGUGGAGGCCAUAUGCAAUGCUCGGACGAAGAUCCGCCGUGGCCUUGGCCAGCUCACGACACAUUCUCGCGAUGCGGAGGAGGUCAUUGCUCACAUCCAAAAAUUUACCAAGUGUGAUCGCAAGUCAUCUAAACGCGAUGAGAGCGAUACUAUCACGUCCACAAAAAGAUUCACUAGACCAGAGCGCUCAAGACAUGCCAACGAGCUAUUUUAUCUGACUCUACGUGAGCAAAUGUGCUGCACCUGCCAGAGCAAUGGAAUGAGAGAACAUAUGGAGAGCAAACAUCUGGUGCGGCUCUUGCUACAGCCACCCGCUCAACAAGCGACUAGUAACAGCUUGGUCCAAUUUGACAUGCUCUUCUCGUCUACACCAUUCUGGAACGAGUCACAGCUCAGCUACUGGCAGGAUGUGGAGCUGCUCGUGCCAAGCAAUAACCACACCAGCAACAAAAAACGCCCCCGGUUUGCCGAUACAGACGGUCAAUAUACACAUGCCAAUAUUAUGGCUGCAAAACAAAUGCGACAAGUCGGUCAAGGUCUGUUUUGUAGCCUCAUUGGCCAGGGAGCGAACUGGCGCAUUUGCCUCUCGAUUCAAGAGGGGGGACUUCAACAUUGCUUUGAGCCCCUCAAGCAGAGAGUCGAUCACGUCCCUGGCAUAUCUUUGGCCAAAAUUCUCCGCAGCUACCAUCUGACGGCACGGAUGAAGGUUGUACUAGCCUACAUAAUAGCCUACUCUGUCUGGCAGUACUACGAUUCAGACUGGAUGAAGACAAAAUGGACAAGCGAGACCAUUCAGUUUAUGAGGGAAAGUAAUACCUCUGCGGAUCAGGGCAAGCUUUUUACCUGGAAGCCUUACCUAUCGAUACAUCUCAACGACGAAGAUUCCCAGUGCUACGAAUACAGCAAGAUUGCUGGAAUGGUUCAUGACUACCCCAGAAUCAGAGCACUUGGUAUUAUGCUGGUCGAGAUAGGUACUGGGUUUCCGCUUCACAAGGAUGAGCAGCAGGCGCAGCCCUCGGCUGCCAAAGUGAAUAACGAAUUAUUCACAGCCAUCAGCUACACACAGGACGAGAAGCGCUGGAGGGAUUUUGACUACCCCGACUAUAUGAGUGCAGCUCGUCACUAUCUGGCGCCCGACACAUUUGAUCAGGUACCAUACGUCGAAGAAUCAUCUGCCUGUGAGUGGAGGCAAGGCAUCAAGCAGCGGAGAAACAUUUUGUACGACAAAGUUGUGUUUCCACUCGAGGAUCUGCUACAGGGCACGAAAUGGAUGGAGGAUUAUACAAACAUCGCCCCCCUGGAUAUGCCUUCCAAAGCAACGACAAUGCAGGAAACCCCUGUAGCACCGGAGGGGUUUGAGCAAGACAAGAUGCCAAAGCCCAAGAAGAAGCGCAGUAAAAGCGAGAAAGACGCUAGCAAAUGGCUCUCACGUCUGAGAGGUUUCAAUAUGGAGCUGGCUCAGGUUGCACGAAGAGUUGGAUUAAACGAUGUAUCGCGACGCGUACGUAUCGCGAUUCUGGACACUGGAUACGACGAUAAUGCUCCCAUCUUCUUUUCUUCCGGUGUUGAGGGGCGGCUUAAAGGCUGGAAAGACUGGGUUGAUGGGUCUGGUCAACCCGAGGAUUGUCAUGGACAUGGCACGCAUUUGGUGGCUCUUGUCUUGAAGUGCGCGCCCGAAGCCGAUAUCUAUGUAGCACGCAUUGCCAAAAGUCCCAUUGAACUCUUGGAUUCCAGCGAGAAUGUGGCAAAGGCGAUUUCUUGGGCAAGUCGAGAAUGGGAAGCCGACAUCAUUUCCAUGUCGUUCGGCUUUGCAGACGAGCAGCCAUGCAUCAGUGGCGCCAUUCGCGAAGCCCAAUACGAACGCAAAGAUGCCAUCCUUUUCUUUGCAGCAGCGUCCAAUUACGGGGCCAAUGACCGAGAAAUGUUCCCUGCCAGACACGACUCUGUCAUCUCGAUCCGAGGGACAAAUGCAAAUGGGGACUUUGAAGAUUUCAACCCCCCUAAACACGAAGAUGAAUCCGCAGUGUUCGGCACUCUUGGCUUGGAUGUCCCCUCUGCAUGGUCUAACUCUGAUGAUGAAGUGUAUAAGUCUGGAACAUCCAUUGCUACAGCCAUAGCGGCCGGCAUAGCAGGAUGUCUCCUGGGAUACAUCAGCUCUCACCCUCCCGAGAGGCCGUUCUAUAAUGCCAAGUAUCGAGCGUGGACACGCCAGGGAAUGCAUGCAAUCUUCAGGGUCUUGUCAUCCAACACGCUUAAGGCAGGAUAUUUGUACUUGACGGUAUGGGACUUGAUAGGCAAGGCGGAGGAUGUUCGGUGGGCUAAACUAGGAGGCGCAUUGUCUGAGCUUUGA